GCAAACGCGAACGCCGUCGGCAAAUAAGAAAUUAAUAAUCGACAGAACUAAGAAAUUUCAAUACAUGUUGUAAGUGUUUUUGCUACGUGAAUUUUGCAGUGCUCGACGAUUAGAACGUGACUGUUUGUGUAAGUAAACUUUAUUGGCUGCUGUCUAGAAGAUUAGAACUCCACAACAUCCAUCACCGGACACCAGGAAUGAAUUAGACACGCUUGUUUUGUGAAAUUUAGCGAUCGAAAUAUUUGUUGAUCUGUUGCGUAUGAGUUCCUACGUACUGCGGAAUCGUAGCGUAGCAAGAGAUUCUACUUCAUCGAAAGUAGAAGAAUCAAGUACAGUUAAGGCAAAAGUGACAACAGGACUAAAUUCAAUGGAUGUGGAAAGUGAACCGUACAGUGGGGGGGAAGAGACAAUAAUGAUGGAAUUGGUAAACGGAGAAGCCUCAAUGGACAUCGUUGAUGGAGGCGAUGACACAAAAGCGGACCCACUGCAGCAAGCAACCGCCAACGGUGCAGCCUCCAGUUCCAAAACCCUUUACAACCAGAAAAGAAACAAAGUAUCUGGUGAAUGGUCCAGGGACAACACUUCGAAGCUUAUCAGAGCAGUCCGUAGCAACGUUCAGCUGUGGAAUCCAGCCGUGGCAGAAUAUCGAAACCGAAGUCGGCGGAACGACACUUGGCACCAAAUUGCAAAGAGCACUUUCAACGGAUACUACCAAGCAUCGGAGUUGGCUGCAAAAUGGACCAAUUUGCGAAUACAGUUCAAAGCGUACCAUGCCAAACGUGGAAAAGCGAAGUUGGAUCCAGCGGAGGUUUCGUGGUACCACUACCAGACAAUGCUGUUUAUUACCACGGCGGAAGAUGGACAAAAGCCAGGCUCAACGGUUAAAGUGGAGAAGCGCCAACAAGAUGAACCUGCUCAUGUUCACACAAACGUUAAAAUAAGUCCGGAAAAACGCAGUAGGCAAAUGACUAGCGAAUCGAAUGAGCGAUUUGACGAGCGGCUAUCGGUUGACAUGGAACGCAGCAGACAAACGAUUCGUGAGUCGAAAGACCGAAGCGCCGAGCGCCGACCGGUUACCAUAGAGCGCAGUGGUGAACGAAUGUUGCUUAGCAGCGAGUCGAACCAACGGAUCGAAGAAGGCCGGUACGUUGCGAUAGACAGUGUGCAGGCCGCCAUUGCAAAGCUCAACGAAAACGACAGUUAUCAAGUGUUCGGCAAUUACGUUGCAGCGGAGCUGAGGAAACUUCCGCGAAGACAGGCAAAUUUCAUCCAACGGAAGCUGAAUCGAACGCUGCUGGAUCUGCUGGAUGCAAACGAUUCCGAAUCUCCGUAUCCAAGCGAAGACGGUAGUCUGCCGGCUAGCUUGUGAAAGUAAUGUCGCAGCUCUAAAGAGCUGGAUUUAUUAUAGUUUGUAAGUGUAAAACGUGUUUUUUACGAAAAGUUUAAAAAAUACGACCGACCGAAUCGAAGUGUCACAUUCAGGCAAAAGUUUUAGUGCAAAUAAAAGUGGAAGUCACCGACAGGUAUGUUUCAAAUUUAGAAUUAUUUUGAAAAAAAUAAGAAAAUGAUAGGAUCUAAAUAAAACUUUUU